AUGUGCCCAAGUGAAGGUAGCCUACGGCCAGCCUCUUCACCACCUUCGACGUAUUCGUACAAGCUUAGAGAUAGGCUACGACCAGUGCUGAACGAGGCGGAAGUCUCUAGUCGCCCGCCAUUACCUGGUAUUGUCUUAUACCUUCAAGAUCGAGAGUUCCGGCUGCCCUUGACCAGGACUACAUCAGCACCGUCUCAUGCAGCACUAAUGACUUGCCUUAGCUGUGGGAGAUCAGACCUAUGCGUAGGCUAUGAGCAUCAGCAGACACGUGACACGUUUUCCAUGCUGAGGCAAAUAAUCAGAGGAUCAACUUGA